AGAAAGAAUUCAACAGAUUCGCGCGUCAACAAUGCUUGCAAGAAUCGAUUGGGAACCCCUGUGAAUAUCAUUAGUGUGUGUAUAAUUUGCAAAAAAGUGAUGUGAAGACACAAUUUUCCCACGACAUUCGCCAUUCAUUCAGCACGAGUGAGAAACUGGACGCACUUCUACUGGCCAUUGGCAGAUAGUCAAAGGGUGUUUUUCCAUCUAAUUGCGUGUGAAUUCAACAUAAAAUGAUUUUCACUGCAAUUCCCUACGGAACGGGCAGUCGCUGGGCUCUGGGGGCCAUUAUCCUCGUCCAUCAGAGUGUCUAUAAUGAGAUUGGAGCCACAACAACCCUCUUCGCCAUCCUCCUGGCGGCACUUUCGGCCACAUUUUCAGCUAUUUGCCAAAGUGCCACCAAAAAGACGACAAAUGUCGGAUAUCUGAGGAGCAAUCACAAGUGUGACUUUCUGCUGCUCUUCCUCACCCUCUGGAUGGACAUUCUCGCCCUCCUCGCGUCUUGUGCCGCCCUGGCAAGGACGCUCAGCACUUGUUUGGAUACAAUGACUGGUGGCAUGGCUCGAAUGUGGAUAUUAGGCAGGAAUUCAUCGCCCAACGAGCCGUGGCCAGAUGUCAUCGGGGUCUCUGUGGUGUUCCUCGUGUCCGGGAUGUUUAUGCUUGGCCUGGAGAACACCAAGAUCUUCAGCUGUCUCAUGAUCUCCGGCGUGCUGGGCAUUGUUGGCCAACUGGGCAUCGUCACGUGGCUGCAAGGAGACGAAUCCGAAUGGCACAAGCCCACGUGGUUCUCUCAAGGACUGCCAGGACUCCUCAUCGGAGCAUCUCUGGUCGCUUUCUCCUUUCCCGCCGAAAUGCCGAGUCAAUCCAAGUACAAUCGCUUGACUGGAAUGCUGAUUAUCCUCGUGGUGACCUUCACAAAUGUCCUCACCGCCGCCUGUCUCUCCACUCUGGUGCACUUCAACGCGGAGCGAGACUUCCUGGCCGUUCCAGUCUUCAAAAUACUGUCCUAUGUGGACUUGACUAAAGUCAUUCCGGCCAUGGCGUGCUUGCUGGUUCUCGCCUGUUCAGGAGCACUGAUGGAACUCUUCCCGGAAAUGUAUUCGCUCAUCGUGAAGCUCACGACGACAGAGUGGAAGAUUUUGGCAAAGCAAAUUGGAUACGAAAGUCGCGACAGCGGCAGUCCAGUCCUGGCAAUCUUCACCGGCGGAAGUUUAUGUGCCAUGCUCGCUUUUGCCUGUCCCAUGGAGAAUUUGAUCUACAUCUUGGCCGGAAGUCAUCUCAUGGCAUCGAUAUUCAGAUCCCUUUUCCUCCUCUACACACCCUAUCGUCCGAAGUGUGUGCAGCAUCCGGAAUCAUCGUUGGCCUACACCAGACUCCAAUCAGCCACUCAGCCAACCCCUCAGAGCCUCCCCACGUCGGCGUCCACAUCGAGGCGACUCUGGUGCUUCCGCAGAGCCUCCACAGUCGCCGCCAAUGUCACGAAAUCCCGCUUGCAGAAGAAGCCGCAGGAUGAGGAAUUGGAGAGGGAAUGGUUGCUGCUGGGCGAACCUCCGUCGCCUCGAUGUCUCGAGCAUCCGGAGCGCAAUGAAGACGCCGAAUCGUCAAUUCUGAGUGACGAAGGGGAUCAAGCUCAAGUGUCGGAAGACAGUACAACUGACAUUGAUGCCAUUGUGGAUGAAUACCGGCAGAAAGUGAAGGUUUCCAUGGCUGGACCGAUGGAUAAGAACCAGAAAACCCCAUCCAUCACGUCCUGGAGGGCGUCUCUCAUUGGCAUUCUCUGCAUCCUCUGUGGAACUGCUUCAGUGAUCGUCGGUGUAAUUUAUCAGGAUGUCAUUUUCCUCUCAUCUGGCCUUGCUGGUGGCUUCUUUGCGAAUAUCCUGCUGUUCUGCCUGCCGAGACACAAUCUUCAGCACGGCCAGGUAUCUUCCCUCACAGCCACUCUGUCCCUGAUCCUCAGCUGCGUUCUGCUCACGGCCACACUGGAUCACUCCUGGGCGGCGCUGGUGUUCUGGAUAACGGCCGGCUUCAUCUUCUGCAUCCGCUGCGACACGUGGUGCUGCCUGUGUCUCGAUCGCACCACAAUCUCUGCGCACUCCCACAUCAUUCCCAACGUCUCGGCAAAACUGGACAAUCUGCGGCAGAGGUCAGUGAAUGGAAUCCAUCUGCCGGGUCGCAUUCCGGCGCACAGAUGACACUUGGCCAGCUCGGAGAGUGACAUUCUGGAGGGCGAGGACACCAUGGAGGAGUGGAGUGAUUAAGCUAAAUAAGAGAGUGAUUAACGAGGCCUUUUCCCAACACUUCUUGUCGAGUGUAAUCUCUAAAUAUAAAUCAGUGUCGCUUUCAGAAAUUAUACUAUAUCUUUUUGUCUUUCUUGAAUAAAAAGAU